GGAGGUGGGGGGUGAUGGUGGUAACAGUGACUGAUAGCCUGGCUUACUUUAAGUCUAGAGCAAGGAGGACAGGAUCCUCAGUGCUGUCCCUCUAGGACCAUAGACCUGACCCUGAAGCCUGCAGGGGGCUGGGACAGACCCUGUGGUGCCAGCCACCUGCACUUCUGCAGGGCCUGGGAGAACCAGAGGCAGCAGGCGGAGACGGUUUCUGGGUCCGUAUGGCUCUGUAGAGGAUGAAGCCCAACCCCACAGGCAAAGCCGCAGACCAGGGCGAGAAGAGCUGCCCUGUCUGCCAGGCCUGCGGAGGGGUCUCAGGCCCAAAGUCUGGUUUAGGUCCUGGGCCAGGGCCUAAUUCUAUUCCAGGACAGGGGGCAGGGCCUGGUUCUGUGCCGGGACCUGGUGCUGUUCCAGGACGUGGGGCAGGGUCUGGUGCUGUUCCAGGACGUGGGGCAGGGCCUGGUGCUGUUCCAGGACGUGGGGCAGGGCCUGGUGCUGUUCCAGGACGUGGGGCAGGGCCUGGUGCUGUUCCAGGGCCUGAGUCGGGACCUGGUGCUGUUCUGGGGCCUGGACCAGGUCUGGGCCCUGGGCCGGGAGCUGGGUCACUACCUAGGCCAGAGGUAGGGCCUGGGCCCAGAAAGGGGUCUGGGACUGGUCUCAAACCCAGUGAGUCAAUGACAACCCCAGCACCAGCGCCACAGCAGAAGACUCAAGCCAAACCUGAAAAGGCUCCUAGGCAGAAGGUUCUGGUGACUGGAGGAGGAGGCUACCUGGGCUUCACCCUGGGUUCUAGCCUGGCCAGGAGCGGCACUUCCGUCAUUCUGCUCGACCUCCACAGACCCCAGUGGACACUGCCCUCAGGGACCGAGUUCAUCCAGGCUGAUGUCCGAGAUGAAGAAACCCUGUACCGUGCCUUUGAAGGGGUGGACUGUGUCUUCCACAUGGCCUCCUACGGAAUGUCUGGUGAGGAGAAGCUGCAAAAAGAGCAGAUUGAGUCUAUAAAUGUCGGAGGCACCAAACUAGUGAUCGAUGUCUGCGUCCGCCGGCGGGUUCCAAGGCUCAUCUACACCAGCACUGUCAACGUCGCCUUUGGUGGGAAGCCCAUAGAGCAGGGUGAUGAGGACUCUGUGCCAUAUUUUCCACUGGACAAGCACGUGGACCACUACUCCAGAACCAAAGCCAUCGCUGACCAGUUGACCCUCAUGGCCAAUGGGACGCCUCUCCCAGGAGGAGGCACUCUUCGGACCUGUGUGCUCCGGCCCCCGGGGAUCUACGGCCCUGAAGAGCAGAGGCACCUGCCCCGUGUGGUGAGCCACCUCAAGAAGAUGCUGUUCAUGGUCCGAUUUGGGGACCGCAGGACACGGAUGAACUGGGUCCACGUGCACAAUCUGGUGCAGGCCCACAUGCUGGCAGCGGAGGCGCUCACUGCAGCCAAGGGCUACGUGGCUAGUGGGCAGGCGUACUACAUCAAUGACGGGGACAGCAUCAACCUCUUCGAGUGGAUAGCCCCACUGUUUGAGAAGCUGGGGUACAGCCAGCCCUGGAUCCAGGUGCCUACUUCCUGGAUUUACCUGACAGCCUCUGUGAUGGAGCAUGUGCAUCUGGCCCUGAGACCCAUCUGCAGUGUCCCUCUGCUGCUCACCCGGAGUGAGGUGUGCAGUGUGGCCGUGACGCACACCUUCCAGAUCGCCAAGGCCCGCGCUCAGCUCGGCUACGCGCCCGACAAGUUCAGCUUCUCCGACGCCGUGGAGCGGUACAUGCAGUCCUCGGCCCCGCGGCAGCGCGGCUCCACCACGCGGGCGCUCCUGCGGCUGCUGCUCGGGCUGCUGCUCCUCGGCCUGCUCGCCCUGGCCCUGCACUACCUGUGCCUGCAACCCCUGCGGGCCGCCACGGAGCGCCUCUGACCGUGGGCCGCCCGCCGGGGCCCGGCCUGCGCCACCCACCCUCUCCCACGCCCCGGAUGCGCCCGCAGACCCAGCCUCGCUCCCUCUGCGUUCUGGCCCCGCCCCCUGGGCUCGGGCACGCCUCCCGGGUCCUGGGCACGCCCCCGAGCCCUGGCCACGCCCAUGCCUCGCUCUCUGGCGGGGCGGGUUACUGACAAGGUCCUGGCCUCUCAGCCUGCUCCGCCUCCGGGACCUCCUCCUUCCUGCCAGUCCGGCCACGCCCCGGAUUCCCCGUCUCCCGGGGUUCCGCCACCGUCCGGCCCCGCCCUCGCGCUUGGGCCCACCCCUAGGUUUCUCAUCCGGGGACUGGCCUUGCCCUCCCUCUGGGUCCAGUCCUUCCCAGCCCGGCCCCCUGGGCGGGCUCCAUCCGCUGGCGCAGGCUGGGUCGGCGCUUGUGGCUUGCGCUGCCUGCUGCCGCUUCUGGGGAGAGUGGGCCCUCCUCGCUGCCCGAGUUUCUCUGGGCUGACCCGAGAUCGUCUCGGAAUCCUGGAUUAGACCCAUUCUAGUAACUUUGCGUUUGAUCCGCCCUGCCCCAGAAGUUCCGGGUUCGUCGCUCCUUCCCAGAUGUCCCUGUGUGUUGAUGGCCAGGGCGUGGAGGGACACCCGAGACCCAGGCUUCUGCCCCGCCCAGCUUUGGCCUUCUAGGGUUCUGGCUUAGGAGUCUGGGGGUGACGGCGAAGUAAGCACAGCCUUCAGUCAGUACCAGGAAGGGCAUCAAAAAAAAAACCUUUCUAAAGAAUUGAAUGUCUUGAAGAAAUACCAAUAUGGUUAUAAUGGGGAAAAGUAGAGCCAAGUUGGUCAUAUUUUAUGAUUUGGCAUUGUUGCUAUUAAUGAGGGGUGGUGGCGAUCACCAUUAUCUUGAACGUUUAAGGCCUCGGAACUUGUUCGUCCAGCCCAGCUCUCCACAGAAACGGCCUCCUUAUCAUCUUGGUAUCAGUCGUAGGUACCAAGACAUCAGAGUGUAAAUACAUCCAUGUAUAUACAUCGUCAUAUGCACGCGUGGAACUGGCUGAGCAAACCGUGGGUCCUGGCCGAGGAGAAACCCAUCACAAACGGGGGGGAGGGGAAUGAAUGUGCUAAUCAGAGUCCCACUCUGCUGGGCUGGAAGACAGUUUGUGAAGGAGCUAAAAAAUGUAUGCUCCUCUCUGCCGGGAUGAAUGGCAUGUGCGUAUGUAAUAUUUUGAAGAAUAAUAAUCCUUUAUGUCUGUUUAAUGCUUAA